ACACAUAUUUGGGAUGUUAUAGAACUCAGUGGCGUUUGAGGAUGUGGCUGUGAACUUCACCGUGGAGGAGUGGGCUUUACUGGACCCUUCGCAGAAGAAACUCUACAGAGAUGUGAUGCGGGAAACCUUCGAGAACCUGGCCUCAGUAGGAAAAAGAAUGGAAGAUUAUGACAUUGAAGAUCAGUACAAAAACCAGGAGAGAAAACUGAGAAGUCGUAUAGAAGAGAGAAUCUGUGAAAGUGAAGCGAGUGGUCAGUGUGAGGAAAACCUCAGCCUUAUUUCAAAUCUCAGUCUGAACAAGAAGAGAACUUUUCCUAGAGUAAAACCAUGGGGACACAGUGUGCAUAGGGAAGUCUUCGUACAGCAUUCAUCUUGUAAUAGGCACAUCAGAUAUCACACUGGACACCAUCCCUAUGAGUAUCAGAAACAUGGAGAGAAGCCGUAUAAAUGUAAGGCGAGUGUGAGAGCUCUCAGUUAUCUCCAAAUUUCUGAAAAACAUGAACGAAAGCACAAUGGAGGAGAGAAACCCUUUGAAUGUAAGCAGUGUACUAAAGCAUUCAGUCAUCUCAGUUAUCUUCAAAGACAUGAAAGAACUCACACUGGAGAGAAACCCUAUGAAUGUAAACAGUGUACUAAAGCAUUCAGUUGUCUCAGUAGUCUUCGAAGACAUCAAAGAACUCACACUGGAGAGAAACCCUAUGAAUGUAAACAAUGUGGUAAAUUCUACAGAGAUCACUUUUACUUACAAAUACACAAAAGAAUCCAUACUGAAGAGAAACCCUAUAAAUGCAAGCAAUGUACUAAAGCAUUCAGGUAUCUCAGUAACCUUCGAAGUCAUGAAAAAUUACACACUGGUGGGAAACCUUAUGAAUGUAAACAGUGUGGUAAAGCCUUCAGAGAGUCCCAUUUCUUAAAAACACACGAGAGAACUCACACUGGAGAGAAACCCUACGAAUGUAAGCAGUGUAGUAAAGCAUUCAGUUGUCCAGGUUCUCUUCGCAAACACAAAAAAAUUCACACUGAACAGAAACUCUAUAAAUGUAAGGAAUGUGGAAAAGCCUACAUAGAUUACUGUAAAUUACAAACACAUGAGAGAACUCACACUGGAGAGAAACCUUAUAAAUGUAAGCAGUGUAGUAAAGCAUUCAGUUGUGUCAGUUAUCUUCAAACGCAUGAAAGAAUACACACUUUAGAGAAACCUUAUGAAUGUAAACAGUGUGGUAAAGCCUUCAGAGAGUCCCAUUUCUUAAAAACACACGAGAGAAUUCACACUGGAGAGAAACCCUACGAAUGUAAGCAGUGUACUAAAGCAUUUCGUUAUCACAGUUCUCUUCGCAAACAUAAAAAUAAAUCACACUAGAGAGAAACCCUAAGAAUGUGAAAAAUAGACUCAAACUUUCAGGUGUUUUAGCUAUCAUCAAAAACAUGAAAAAUCAGACUGCAGAGACGUUCUGUGAAUGUAAAAAUGGCAGUAAAGCCUGCAGGGAUUAUAUUUCCUUAGAAACACUCUAAAGAACUCAUAUUGAACAGAAACACUAAAUGAAAAGCCUAUGGAUUUUACAGUUUCUUGCCAACACGCAUAAAGACAGGAGAGACCCUAUGAAUUGAGCAAUGUUGUAAAGCUUUCAGUUCUCAUCUAUGUUUCCAAAUACAUGAAAGAAAUCUCAGUGGAGAAAAACUGUCGAAUGUACAAAAUGCAGUAAUGCAUGGUUAUUCCAGUUAUCUUGGUCUGCAUGAGAGAACUCAACACUGGAGAGAACCAGAUGAAUGUAAACAUUAGUAAAGCCAUUAUUUGUUACAAACCAUUUGAAGACAGAAGAGUGCACACUGUAGACACACCAUUUGAAUGUUCGCAAUGUGGGGAAAGCUUGAUCAUCCCAGUUUUUUCUGAAGGUAUGAAAGUGGUCACUGGAUAAAACCCGAAUGUAAACAGUGUGGGAAAGACUUCAAUCGAUUCACAUCCUUAUAAGAGAAAAUUCACCAAAUAAAAUAUAAGUACCAUGAAAAAACUUGAUGGAAAUUAAGCCACGUUUAAUGUUCCAGAAAACUUUUCACAUGAGAGUUGUUAUUAAAUGUCUAAAUAUGUUUUAUUGAGCUUCUUUGCAAAGGGCAUCGUUGGGAUGUGGAUUUUUACUAAUUUAUGAACUGAUUAUUGAGGUAAUUCUGAGUUGUCUUUCAACUGUAAUACAUAAGAUUAAUAGGAAUUGCAUUUUCCUUAAAUCGGUUAUUAUUUUUUCUUUCUCCUUUGAAAUCUGUUGGAUCCAUGAAUGAACUGAAGUAUAUUUGUAAUAUGCAAUUAAGUUCAAUUUUUAUAAUACUGUAUUGUUUACAUUUUAAGGCUCCAUUUAAAAAUGACAGUUUAGUAUUUGGGUUUUCUUACUGGCCUAGUGACAGUUCCUGGAUAUGCCUAGUUCCCUGUAUACAUCCUAACUUUGUUACUGCCAAAGAUUUCGUGGGGAGGGGGUGGCAGUUAUAAGAGCAUUUUUUAUUUUCCAUAUCAAUUCAUUUGGAAUAAGUUAUGUAUAAUAAGUUUAUGAAAGUAUAAUUUUUUUCUUGUUUCAGCCUUUCUUUUUUGUCCUUCCUUUUGACUGUAUGUGGUGGAUAGACUUUAACAAUAGAGACCUGUCAUAGAAUAAAUCUAGAAUUGUAGGCAUCCCCCUUCAAGGGUAAUAUUACAAAUUAGAUUUUUCAGAAUUUAUUCCCUUUAUGGUUUCAUGUUAGAAUUCACCAAGAGCCUUGCAUACAUUUGGAAGCCAGAAGUUAAGAAAGAAUUAAUUAUAUUUUGAAGCCACCAUAUCAAAAGAAGGGCAGAUAUUUAGGAGCUUUGAAGAAAUCAUCUUUCAGCUAAUCUUUCAUAUUCUUUGCUUUUCCUAUUAAAAGUGUCCUCAACUUUUUGAUUCCAUUUUCUUAGAGGUGUGUGUUUUCACUGAUGUUUUCACAAAAUCCACAUCAAAGAUCCAUCAAAGUCUGGAUUUUUCUGUAAGACUUCUUGAGUAGUCCACCAUGAAACUAACUCAGUUUCCUUUUUUGUGAAUAUGGUCUGAAUCCCGUCUUCUCUAGAUUACAUACAUAUAAGACCUAAUUUGUAUAGGAAACACCUUAUGCUGUUAAAAGUAUUCCUAUGUUUUUCUCAUGACAUCUACAAUGGUUCAUUCAAAAAGAACAACAUGGGAGGUUGUUUCUUUGCUGCACUGGACAGUGGUUGCCUUUGUCUGGUCCUUCCAUUUGAGAAUAAGCACCUUCCUCCUGUCAGGAAGACUUGCUGUUUCCUGUCACUUUUAGCUCACUGUGAUCCUUUGGGAUGUUUUAAAUUAUGUUUGCUUGUAUGUGAUUAAAUGUACGUGCUAUUUUCUAUCAAAGGAACACUUCUUCAUUUAUUUCUUAGAAAUAUUUUAAACUGUUUUUUAAGUCAUCAAAUGUUAACUAAUGUGUUUUUCACAUGUUGAGAGGAUAUGUGAAAAUGUUCCAUUAUAACUGGAUUUCCAGAAA